CCGACUUGUUCUUGUAUUCUAACCACCACCACCCCUCAUCGUUCUCACAGGCCCUUCCACGAGGUCUUUUUCAGGAUUCUCUAUGUUCUGGAGAUUCGGAUUUCAUAAUGCAUCGACUAUCGACGGUUUGCUGAACAAGGAGGACGUAUCUCUAGAGGCAAUUCUAGAUCAAGAUGAUCUUAUUCAAGAGUGCAAAGCUCAAAAUACGAGGCUCAUUGACUACUUUCAGCGUGUUGAUGUAUUGCAAAGGUUAUUUGGAUACGUUACUGGCCAAAUAGAAGGGGAUGAAGGAGGGCGCUUCAAAUAUCCCUACGUCGCCACAGAAGUUCUUUGCAGCGACAUCUGGUCUAUUGUCGAAACAUGUGUCAAUGAGCAUCAGCAAAUACUCGCCCCUUUCUGGGAGACUGUUCUCGAGAAAAGUGCAGAUGAAAUGAAGACUCAACUUGUUAUGGCAUCGCAUUUCUCGAAGAUAGCAUCCAUGUAUUUGGUCAAAAAACCUACUGAGAUGUUCGAAUUUCUCCAAUCUUUACCGAAUGUGGUUGGAAAGCUCCUCAAGCACAUAGCAAACCCUUCGUUUGUGGACGUGUUGAUACGCAUCAUCCAGUUGGACGAUCUCCCGGAGGGUGAAGGUGUUUUGGAGUGGCUACACUCUCAAGGUCUUAUCAAUCAUCUAAUCGACCUGCUCGCUCCUUCCUAUCCCUCCGACAUGCAACAAAUUGCCGCAGACAUGCUCAAUGCUAUCAUCGCAAUGGCAACUCCAUCUCCAGGCGCUGCUGUUAUGGUUGAGCAACCACAAGCUGGUCUGGCAUCGAAUCUAUUCGCAAGAGAACUAGCUCGUCCGGAAUAUAUAUCUCGACUGAUCGUCUACAUAUUCCAGGACUUUAGUUCCGACCGAAAUCCUUCACUGGCAGAUGACGACGACGACGCCUCAGAACCGGGCAAACAAGCGCUUCCAAAAUUCGAAUAUGCUUCCUCAUCCGCUGUGCUCGCUAUGGGAGUCGUCAGUGAACUUAUUCGGAAGAACAACUCGGACUAUUUCGAGCCUUAUCUAUUCCAUACAUUACGACAUCGACUUCUCCAGGUUCAGAACCAACAAGUGCAAGACAAAGUUUCAUCUGACUCUGAAGAGUGUCGAGAAGCGUUGGAACGGGCUAUGAAGGAGAUGGUAGAUCGGAUGGGGGUGGUCAACCUGAACUACCUCCUGAGUGUUCUCUGCGAGCGAACAGAUACACUGAUUCGGUAUCUGGAUAGUCCAAGGUCUUGGAAAGGCCCAGAGCCGACUACGGUUGGUUCCAUCAAGCCAUUGACCUUUGAGCGAUUACGAAUAGUCGAGUUGUUCGCGGAAAUGCUCCACUGUUCCAAUAUGUCGCUACUCAACCGUCCAUCAUCGUUUGAUCACCUUUACGAUCCCAGUGGCCGAUUACAGGGAGGCCUUUCAGUCAUGAAAGAUCUUGGUGCUGUUUCCGAGCCCCAUGUCAAGAACCAGGAUGAUGACAUGACGGACGAUGGGAAUGAAAUCGAGCCCGCGCUGGAGUUCCCUGUUACCAGCACCUCCCGUGAUUCUUCUUCCUUACUCGAUUCGGAUGAUGAUAUGAGCAGUGAACCUGGCAGUUCGGACGACGAUGCUAUGGAGGAAAUUAUCAUGAGCGAUGAACCACGACCAAUAGCAAGCUCUCCGACGCAAGACCCUCCCAAUAGUCCACCCGAUAAUACAACUACAACCCAUGGCUCUGCACAACUUCAAAAUACCCGUAGACCCUCAUCUGAAGUGCAGAGGUCGCCAAAUUCUCGAAGAAGUUCAAGAAAAAUGACAUUACCCUUGGAACAACCCCCAGAUACCCAAACAUUUAUAGGAGAAAGGUUGAAAAAGAGAUUAUUAGACCUUAAAGUACCAUGUAAAUUAUUAGACCUCUUUUUUGAAUAUCCUUGGAACAAUUUUCUCCAUAGUGCAGUUUUCGAUGUAAUUUCACAGAUGAUGAGCGGGCCUGUAGUAGUUGGGAGCGGGUGGAAUCGAGAACUGGUCAUCUUUCUGUUCCGCGAUGCCCGAAUCAUGCAUCGGUUGGUAGAAGGGGAAAAGCUCAAUAGCGCAUCAGCUUCUAAGCCGAAGGGCCUGCGAUUAGGCUACAUGGCCCACCUCCACCGCCUCACAGAAGCUGUUCUCGAGUGUCUGACACGGUACCCACCAGAACUUCGUCUCAUACUUAUCCAGUACGCUCCUGAUCCCGGCUGGGACGAGUACAUCACAACGACUUUCCACAAAACACGGGACGAUAACAGUAAACCCCUCGGGGGUGGAAAGCCGGAUGUUAAUACUAGUGUGUUGGGAAGAGCUGGCAGAUGGAAAGUGGAUGAGGAGGAUCCAAACACUUUGACGAUUUCGCCCGCUCCUGCAUCACGAACGGAAAAUACGGAGACCAGAGGUGGACUUCGGAGGGGUGGCGGACCACCCAAAAACACGGCUGAUUUCGGACCCGCUCCGAUGGAUGAUUUUGAUAGUGACGAGGAUGAUGAAGACGGGCGUGAUCCUGCACCUCAUUUCACUCGAUACUUGGCAAAUCAGAUGGGUACGACGGAUACAUUCGGGAAUACGGGCUUCCCGGAAGAUGAUGACGAUGAGGAAAGUGGGUGGUUAUCACAGUCGACGUUUUCGUUGGGUAAUCCUCCAAUGACAAAUCUGCGACGAAGAAAUGAAUCGGAACGAAGACCUUUAGGAGCCACUGGAUUCGAUGAUGUUUUCGACCCAGCGGGUCGCAAUAGCUCUAGUUCCAAUUCUGGUGAUCCUUUCUCAUCUACUGACGACGUAAGUUAUGUUAGUCAUCGCGACCUAUCCCGAGAGUUGCUUACUAUCAUAAUUAUCUAUACAAAAUUCAAGGACGACUUUGGACCGUUCUCCGAUUCAGGUGGUGCAAGCGGUACCGAUCCGUUUACGUUUCCCUCGUCUUUCUCGGAAGAAAUAGAUGAAAGUUCUUUUGAGAGUUUUGGUGAAUUCGGGGACUUUCAAGGUGCUGAGGCCGAUGAACGUCAAGAUGGGGAGCUAACACCGACGGGUGGAAGUUGGAUGUUUGCUAGUGAUUCGAGUAUAUCCGGAUCUGAAGGUUCGAGUUCUGAAGGAGCACCGUCUGGAAGUGCUUCAUCUGAAGCAGACGUGAAAAGCCCUGACGAGGAAAAACGGAUAUCGGAUAAAAAGUAGUCGUGGUCAGUUUGCUACUUAGUACCUGUGGAGUGGAUUUGUAGGGCGUGUAUAUGAACUAACCGUGCUGGUGCUGAUACGAUUCUUUCGGUUACUCAGGACUACGGAUUAUCUGAUGUUACAGUAAAGCGAGAAUGCCGCCCGGACGCGUCAUCGUGGCGUGGCAAACCCUUCAACGUUGUCAACCACAACUACCAUUUGCAAAACUGCGAUUACUGAUACACAGACUCUUGGCCAGCCGAAAAGCCCUAUCUAACUGUCACCUGCUCGGACCAGUGUAUACGAGAGCAGCUGAGGCCAUAACCGGUCUUGGUAUUGAAAUCCUUCUCAUCGCGGUGAAAUCCCUUGAACACGUUCGACAUCCUAGUACUCUCCGUAAAACACGCUCAGAAGUACCGUCACUGUACAUAAGGAACGAAUGGAAAUUUUUUCCUGGUCUCGCCCGGUUGUCGUCGUUUGGUUGCUCUAAAACUCGAAGAGUAUGUCCACCGCCAAUCCAUUCGAUUCGACAUGGUUCAGUGUCCGACCCAGGAUCGUCCUCUUCCGAUGAGAAUUCUGAACGGCAGCUCGAUUCGUCCUCUGUGAAUGUACCCGCGGUGCCCGAAACCUCAAGGUCACCAUGACCUAUCUGAAUUCCUUCACAAUCGACACCUUCUUCCCCAUCAUUAUCAUUAUUUGUAUUUCCGUCUCCACCAUGAUUAUCGUCGCCGUUAUCCCCGCCAAUUGAAUUCCUCACAACACACAGCACCCUCCCGCUGCCUUUCGCACCCCUCGGAAUCCUAUCGAAAUCCAUGUCCAAAAACACGCUUUCUCGGACUUUCACAUACUCCCUCAGUUUCUUACAGACCUCCCUGCACGACGUAGAAUCUGCAUCUUCCCAUUCCUUUGUCCAACUCAAAAUCGCGCUUUGAUCUCUCCAGCCUGACAAGAGGUAAAAUAUGCUUGCUGAGUGGAGGUCUGUAUAGAGGGUGACGGGGUAAGCGGAGUGUACGGGUUGCCGAGCGCAGAGGGAUGUGAGGAGGUGAUUUAGGGGUGGGGAGGUGAGGGAGGUGGAGGUGGAGGAGUGUGGGGAGAGAAGUUCGAGGGUAAGGAGUUGGGUUAUGGUCAUUUUUUGGGUUCAAGUUUUGAGUCGAAGAAAGACAGUGUUAAAAGUCGGAGGGAUUGGUGAUCGAACUUUGAGAAGUUUCAGAAGAGAAAGCGGGAUGAGGGAUCAAGGAAUAUGAUACGCGGGAACUAAGUAUAAUUCUAAAUCCUUCGGAUGAUUUGACCUCCGUUCAUCCAAAACCGACGGGGAUAGCAAAUCGUAGCCCGUUGCCGGCUUUCUUUUCUCGGGCGCGAGGCCAAUUUUCCUUUUGUUACCGGAUUACACAUGAUAUGGUAGACUGUACUACAAUCUCCGUGGAACCCGUACGGGCUGUUCGCCUUCCGAACGGGAUUUCACACCGAUACCAGAACUCAUUUUGGACUCGUAUCACACGUCGAAUCUGAAAUUCGAUAGGCU